CUUGGAUGUAGCGACCUGGCCUGGUUCGGAGCAUUUUACUACCACGGUUAUUGCCACAAAUCAAGAGGGCAAAGUGAACGGCAUGGGACUCGCACCAACUUUAACGAACUUGGGUCCGAUUCCUGCGUCCGCGAGGUUCACGGCCAAGAGCUGCACGUGCAGAUGAUACACGGCAAUGAAAUGGGGAGACGGUUUGUAGGUAAAUCUUGAGCGUUAAAGGUUGGUUGAUUUCGCAGACCCACAGCCAAACUUACUACAAAACAUGACAAGCCUGUCGAGGUUUAGUGGCUGCUCUCUUUCUUGUGUCAACCCUGGGGAGAGCAAUACAGAACCCAGUGUGGUGCUGCCACCCUUGGCAGGGGAGCACAUGGGGCACCCCACUGGCAGUUCCUUAAAACUCUGCCCCUCGCACAAUUUGCGAGACUAUCCCGAGACGAGGGCCACUGCAUAUAUUGACCAUUCGGUUCCCCAUUUUCCAGACACUGGAUUUACUAGCCACCGCUUACAAGCCAGUCCUAGGGGCAUUUUCAUUGGAGCAAAUCUGUCAGGAGCAGGCAUGCCACCAGUAACCGAUCAACUGGCUCCGAGACCUAACCAACAUGGCGCUCUUGGAAGGUACCGUGACCUCCACAACUAUAGAGAUAGCAGAAGCCACGCGUUCUUCACUACGUAUCAAGAGCAGGCCCACGGGUCCACCGACGCAACCAGAGACCUCAACAGCCAAGUGAUGUUGGGUCUUCCCGGAGAUAUUCUUUCAAGAGCGCAUCCAUACACGCAAACGCAUAACGGGCCGCGGGCCAACAGCCAGCAGCUAGUUACCCAGUUUUUGGGACUCUAUAAGCCACUGAAUAUGGCGAUGCAACGAGCAGGGGGAGACGCAUUCCUCAGGUGUUCAAGGCAAAACCCAGCGCACGAGUUGGUGUGUAAGUGGAGUGACUGCCAAGAGGGGGCUGGCAAACCGCCAUGUGCCAGGACUUUUGGGACCAUGUAUGAACUUGUCACCCAUGUGACUAUUGAACAUGUCGGGGGACCUGAGCACUCUGAGUACGUGUGCCGAUGGGAGAAUUGUCCCAGGGAGAGAAAGCCUUUCAAAGCCAAAUACAAGCUGGUCAACCAUGUCAGAGUCCACACAGGGGAAAAGCCCUUUCCCUGCCCCUUUCAUGGAUGUGAAAAAGUUUUCGCGAGAUCCGAAAACCUCAAGAUUCACAAGAGAACGCACACAGGUGAGAAACCUUUUAAAUGCGAAUUUGAGGGCUGCAAUCGAAGGUUUGCUAACAGCAGUGACCGGAAGAAGCAUUCUCACGUUCAUUCCAGCGAUAAACCCUACACGUGCAAGGUCAGAGGCUGUGAAAAAUGUUACACGCACCCCAGCUCCUUGCGCAAACACAUGAAACUGCAUUGCAAGGCCUACAUUGCCAAACUCAGCGAGGACGGUCAGCACCUUGCCGAGUACAGGUCUCCCGAGGUGACAGAGCAGGAAGAGACAUCCUCCCCUACCACAGUGACGCGGGCCUUGCCGCCUGCCCCCUCGCGAGAGUCCCUGUCCCCCGAGACUCUCAGCGAGUCAACUCUGAGGUCACGUUUCCAUCACACGUUUGACAACAGUUUGGACUAUACGGGCCACAGGCCGCAGUCCCUUCUGGACCCUUUGUUGAUACAUCGGGGCAAUUAUAGACCCGACACUGCCCAGUACGCAUGUAGCCAAGCAAGCCACACUUUUGCUCCUAACAACAGGACCUUUUCGGCGAAUUCACCUUUUCAAAAGGGGCUUGUAAAUGGCUGGUACACGUGUCAUAGUGGCGUGGAGACUUUCUCGUCCAAACAGUGUAAUAACGAUUUAUGAUAUGUUUCGGUCAGGAGACGAGAGAGGUUAAUGUGGCGAUGUAAUUUAGGCUUGGGUUCAAAAUGUAUGAAAACAUUUGGGGUUCUUGGAGCUGGAGAAAUGGGCCACUCGAAACCGUCCUGUUUAUCAGCUGUUUAAAUAGCAUAGUGCAAUUUGUUACCGUGAGCUUUGUCCAUUGUACAUGACGUUACACGUGUAGUGGUGAGUUUGAAUUGUGCUGGUGAUAUUCUUUAACCGAAUCUAGAGUAUGUGCUCGACUGUUCACUGAACUUGAAAUAUUGUUAGAAGUAGCUUAUACACACCCUGUCUCUUUCUAUUCAUAAUAUAUAGUCUAAAUAUUUUAUGAGACGAAUUCAGAGGUGCAUAUAUUCCAAUACGGUUUCAAAUUUAUGUUAUUGUGAUUGGAAGAGAAUUUAAGGCAAAUGUGACAGUAUGUGGGAGUCAUGAGGCCAUUUUGAAUGAGAAUCUUAUGUGAUGCAGUGAGAACCGCGGCUUAUAUAGACUAUUUCAAUUUCUCUCUGCUUAAAACUUCAACGAGAACUUAAAAAAAAAUUCUUGUAGGCCUGUGCACCUGGUUGGAAAAACAGUGUUUUAUGAAUGUUAUGUCACGUCGUGCGCUAGAAUGCAACAGUUUACAGAGAAAGGAAAAUUAAUUGCUUUAAUGCCUUUUAACCCUCUGCAAACGAAAUUGCAUUUUUCUUGAUUGGAGAAAGCGCUUUAGUAGAACCUAUGGUACAAAAUCCUUUAUCGUUUUUGUAUACAUCUACACUAUUUGACACUUUUGCCAAACCUUUA